CUGAUUCCAAGGCUGUCUCACGAAUAAACCCGGCACAGAAGGAUGAGUUUGACUCCUUUCCGGGCCGGCGCCUUGGCCAAUCGCAGGUGACCAGGUCGUCAUGGCGACGGGGACGCUAACAGCCGCAUCCCGGGAAGGGGAUGGCGCAGAACUUCUAUGGUCACGGGGUCCGGAUGGGCAACUGGAAUGAGGACGUUUACUUGGAGGAGGAGCUCAUGAAAGACUUCUUAGAGAAGAGGGAUAAGGGGCAACUUCUCAUACAGAGAAGCAUAAGACUGAAAGAGAACCUUCUGAGACCGACUCAGCUCUCCAUAUCUGAGGAUGGACACGUUCACCACGGCGACAGCGUGAUGCUUGUGAACCCGGAUUAUCCCGACACCGAAGCCGACCUGUUUCUCAGAGGGGACCUGAGCCUGUGUUUGGCUCCCGAUGAGAUCAGAGCCCAUCUGAGCGACGCGCCUGAGGUGCCCUGUGGCCUGAGCGCGGCGCCAACCAGUAUCCCGGUGGGCAGAAACACUUUCAUCAUUUUGAGUGCAGAGCCAGCGGCCACCGGUGACAUCCUUCGAUUCGGGCAGAACUUCCGCCUCGGGAUCGUGAGGGGAUUUGACGACACCAUGUUGUAUCUAUCAAGUGACCACAGGACCCUGCUGAAGUCGUCCAAGAGGUCCUGGCUCCAGGAGGUGUACCUGACAGAUGAAGUCUCCUACCUGAACUGCUGGCAGGCGGCCUUCCCCGACCCCCAGCUGCGCCUGGAGCACGAAGGCGUCCCCAUCCCGGCAAACCGCAAAAUUCUCAUCAAUCACUGCCACACGAACCGGGGACUGGCUGCUCAUCGGCACCUCUGUUUAAGGACAUACUUUGGAAAGGAAGCGGAGGUCGCUGCUCACACCCACCUGGACUCGCACAGGGCGGAGAAGCCCAGGAACCACUGGGUGCUGGUGACGGGGAGUCCCCGGAAGGACGCGUGCACCGUGUUGGGGGAGCGCGCACCGCCCCCACAGGACGCCCACACCCCGGAGCAGGCGGCCGGCCCAGAGGCCCAGUGACACACCAGGUGUGGCUUCUCCAGACACCGGUUCUCUCGGUCCCGCCUCAAGCUAUUUUUAGGGCACAGAGCUCCCUGAACGCUGUAGUGAUAGAAGGCUGUAUGAAGGUUAUUGACUUAGUCAGUAUUGGGCUGGGGGUGGGGGGUCUCGGACACAGAAAAGCCAGUCCUGGGAACUGCUCAGAAAUGGUAUUCAAAAGGGACAGGUGAAUUCUCUUGCUGAUGACAAAACCCCGAAGACCUCAGCGUCCUGCGUGGGUCCUGUGUGGCAGUGGGGACUGCGGGCUGUGCGGUACCGGGGAAGGCCGUGUGUGUGUAAUAAAGCUGGUGGGCUGCUCUGAGCGGU